AUGCCUGGCGUACGACUCCCUACGAUUCCGACGCACGACGUUGCCUCCCGCAACAGCGAGAGGUCCUGCUAUGUAACCGUUGGCGCCAAUGUCUACGAUGUCACAUCCUUUCUCUCCGACCAUCCAGGUGGAGGAGACCUGAUACUGAAAUACGGAGGGAAAGAUGUCUCAGAGAUAAUGGGCGACGAAUCAUCACAUGCACACUCCGAAGCUGCCUACGAAAUCCUCAAGGAGAGCUUGAUUGGCUUCGUGGCCAAUGAGGCCACCAUCAAAGCAGUCGUGGAGCACGACCGGCCAGAGGACAUUGUGCCUAUGCUACCAAAUAAAGCAGGAAUGGAGGCAAUGAAAGCCAAUGGCGCUAUCGGAGAGGUCGAUCAGAGCAAGCCAAUCUUCGCAGCCACAGGCCUCUCAGGCGUAGAGGACCUGACGAAGGAAACCGAUUUGAAUGCGGACUUCAAGACACACAAGUUCCUAGACCUCAACAGGCCUUUACUGAUGCAGGUGUGGAAUGGUGGCUUCUCGAAAGAAUUUUACCUAGAGCAAGUCCAUCGGCCUCGUUACUACGUCGGAGGCGACUCGGCUCCUCUAUUUGGAAACUUCCUGGAACCGCUGAGCAAGACGGCGUGGUAUGUCAUACCUAUCGUGUGGCUGCCACCUGUUGCCUAUGGCUCUUUUCUUGCCUACCAAGGUCUACCAUCGUUCUUCCAGACCGCAGCUUACUGGCUCAUUGGCCUCGGGUUAUGGACGUUGGUGGAGUACGGGCUACACCGAGGAUUGUUCCAUGUUGAUAAAUAUCUACCGGACAAUCGCGUUGGUAUCACAGCCCAUUUCCUCCUUCACGGAAUCCAUCACUACCUUCCGAUGGACAAGUACCGCCUCGUUAUGCCUCCUACCCUCUUCGUCGCCCUUGCAACACCUUUCUACAAGCUCGCACAUACAGUGUUCUUCUACGAUUGGUACGCUGCAGUAGCUGUGUUCUGCGGAGGGAUAUUCGGCUACAUAUGUUAUGAUUUGACCCACUACUUCCUACAUCACAAGACCCUUCCAUCCUACUACAAACAGCUCAAGAAGUAUCAUCUUCAGCACCACUACGCAGACUACGAGAACGGCUUCGGCGUCACGAGUCGUUUUUGGGACACAGUCUUUGGCACCGAGCUUGCACCGCCGAAGGCCGCAAAGGCCGCCUAG